CCGCGCCCGCCCCGCGCUGCAUGGACUGGUACAUGAUGAACUGCGAGCUGCUGGCCACCUGCAGCGCCCUGGGCUACCUGGAGGGCGACGUGUACCACCGCGAACCCGACUGCCUCGAGAGCGUGAAGGAUCUGAUCCGGUACCUCCGGCACGAGGAUGAGAGCCGCGACGUGCGGCAGCAGCUGGGAGCAGCGCAGAUCCUGCAGAACGAUCUGCUGCCGCUGCUCGUUCAGUACCCGCAGGACCGGACCCUUUUCGAUGCCGUCGUCAGGCUGAUGGUGAACCUGACGCAGCCGGCGCUGCUCUGCUUCGGCAAAGUGCCAUCGGAUGCCACCGCCCGGCACCACUUCCUGCAGGUGCUGUCCUACCUGCAGGCGUACAAAGAGGCGUUCGCCAGUGAGAAGGUGUUUGGGGUGCUGAGCGAGAAGCUGUACGAAGUGCUGCAGCUGGACUGGGAGCAGAGGCAGGAGGAGGACACGCUGCUGAUCGAGCGGAUCCUGCUGCUGGUGCGCAAUGUGCUGCACGUGCCCCCCGACCCCUCUGCGGAGCAGGGUGUGGAUGGCGAUGCCAGCAUGCACGACCGCGUGCUGUGGGCUCUGCACAUCAGUGGCAUGGACGACCUGCUCAAGUUCCUGGCCAGCGCGCCGGCUGAGCAGCAGUGGGCUCUGCACGUCCUCGAGAUCAUCUCCCUCAUGUUCCGUGACCAGGUGAGCCUGGCAGUGCUGGGACAGGGGCGGGCAGGCGCGGAGUGCGGGGAGGACACGCAGGAGCUGCAGAGUCUGCGGCAGCGGGAACAAGCAGAGCAGAGAGCACGGGUGCUGCAGCGUCCAUCCAGGCACUCCCGUUUCCGUGGUUCCUAUGUCAUCCAGGGGCUGAAGGCCAUCGGGGAGCACGAUGUUGUCUUCCAUAAGGGGCUGCACAACCUGCAGAGCUACAGCCACGACCUGGGCAAGGAGACGCGCCGGGUGCCGCGGCGUCGCUGGGCCCCCCCUGCCGGGACCCCCCGGCGCUCCGCCCGCAACGUCCGGCUCUUCCUGAGCUGCUUCUGCCAGGACUUUCUGGAGGAUUGCUACAACCGCCUGAUGCUGCUGGUCAAGGACCAAUUGCUGCGGGAGAAGGCACAGCAGCACGAUGAGACCUACUACCUGUGGGCCACCGCCUUCUUCAUGGCCUUCAACCGUGGCCGGGGAUUCCGUGCUGAGCUGGUGUCGGAGACGGUGAGCGUGCGUGCCUUCCACUUCAUCGAGCAGCACCUCACCAACUACUACGAGAUGGCGCUGAUGGACAAGAAGGAGGCGGCCACCUGGGCGCGCAGGAUGCACCUGGCCCUGAAGGCGUACCAGGAGCUGCUGCGCACGGUGCAGGAGAUGGACCGCUCCCCAGAGCCAGCGGUGCGGGACAGCAGUCAGGUCAUCAAGAACCACAUCUUCUAUCUGAUGGAGUACCGGGAGCUGCUCCUCGCGCUCUUUCGGAAGUUCGAUGAGACGAAGCAGCCUCGUGCCUUCCUGCGGGACCUGGUGGAGACGGCGCAUCUCUUCCUGCAAAUGCUGGAGCGCUUCUGUCGCGGCCGCUCCGGCCUCGUGGUGCAGAGCAAACGCGUGAGGAGGAAGAAGAAGCCCCGUGUCCCUGCAGCGCCGCAGCCGCCGGGCGCAGCGGAGCUGGAGGAGCUGUGGGCAGCGGUGGCCCCGCAACUCCAGGACUGCCUGCAGGUAGGGACAGGCCCUGCUGUGAGGGGGUGUCCACAGGGUGGCCCACCCCCUCCCCCCGAGGCUGAGGAGCCGGAGGAGCCUGAGGAAGAGGAGGAGGAAGAGGAGGAGGAGGAAGAGGCAGUGCGGGUGUCGGAGAAGGAGUUCAAUUUCAUGGACUACCUGAAGCGGUUUGCCUGCGUGCCCGUGGUCCGUGCCUGCACGCUGCUGCUGCGGGGCUACGCACAGAACAGCGCCCGCACCAACCACUGUGCUGCACGGCUGCUGCACCGCCUGUCCCGGCAGCUGCGCAUGGAGGCACUGCUCUUCCAGCUCUCCCUCUUCACCCUCUUCCAACGCCUCCUCAGCGACCCCGGCGCCCACCAGGAGCUGGUGGCCUUGGCCAAGUUUAUCCUGGGUAAGUUCUUCACGCUGGCAGCCACCAACAAGAAGGCAUUCGUGGAGCUGCUCUUCUGGAAGAACGCUACGGCUGUGCGGGAGAUGAGUGAAGGCUACAGCUCCCUGAGGGAUGGGGAGGGGGCUGGAGCACGCCGGACCCCCGCCUGGAGCCCACAGGAGGAGCAGGCGCUGCGGGAGCUGUUCUGGAAGUAUAAGGAGGCAGAAGGUCAGGACAUCAUUGCCUCCAUCCUGGCGGAGCUGCCUGGCCGCACACGGCGACAAGUGGUGCAGCAGUUGGUGCGCAUGGGGCUGGCGGGCAGCGCCAGGGACUUCCCACGGCCAAGGAAGGGAACCAAUAUUGUGCUGUGGACGGAGGAGCAGGAGCUGGAGCUGGAGCGGCUCUUUGAGGAGUUCAGGGCAUCGGAUGACAUCCUGGGGAACAUCAUGAAGAACCUGACGGCACGGCGCUCGCGGGCGCGCGUGGUGGAGAAGCUGCUGGCAAUGGGGUUGGUGGCAGAGCGCAAGGAGCUGCACAAGAAGCGCCGGAGGAAGAGCUGCGGCCCCCAAAUGGGUGAGGCAGAUGCUGCAGCAGUUUCAGCCCAUAACAGCUCUGCUGAGGACAGCGAGGAGGAGGAAGAGGAGGAGGAAGAUGAAGCAGAGGAUGACCCCGUGGAGGAGCCCUGGGACCCCAAGGAGGGGACGGGGCUGGCCCUGGUGCAGCGCCUGCAGCAGGAAGGGCUGGAUGGGCCCCUGCGGUGGCUGCAGAACUGCCUGAGGAGGACGGCGCGGGACCGUGAGACGGAAGGUGAGCAGGGCUGGGGGGCACAGGGCUGGAGAUGGGGAAGGGGCCGGGCUGACA